AUGCUCGCUCCUGUCUUAAGUCCUUUUGCGCUGUCUGCAUGCCAACUCUGGAAUAUAUUUGACCUGACCCUUGGUGUCACCAUGGAGGAUGAGAUUGAGAUCGAGAAGCAAGCGCUGCUCGAUGAAUCCGCAGAGAAGCUCCAACACGUCGAGCCAAUGACUCCGGCUGACAGACAGCCUGUUCGUCCGUUCAAAAAAUGGAUGGAUAGCUUCAAAGGACGCAGACACGGAUCCCCGACCUUCAAACGACGAUACGUGGAAGGCUGGUCGGAAACAUCAUCUCAUGGUUCGCAGAGCCAACAGUCGAAUGUGUCCGAUGAAUCGCAACUGGGGACCGUCAAGACCACGUCAACGAGCAUUGAGAGUCAGAGCAUGGCAAGGUCCAGGGGAAACACACGGAGCGCAGUGAACCAGAGUCUGUUGUCGGAUGUGCGCGAUUCCGACGAGAGCCCCCGUCCAACUUCUAGUCAAUAUGUCGAUGAAGCCGCAGAGGCACGGGCGAUCAAACGGCGUCAUAUCCUGAGAGAAAUGGUUGUCACGGAGUCUGAUUAUGUGCUAGGCCUUAAAGCCCUUGUAGGAGUCUUUACGAUAUUUAGCGCAAGGCAUGAGAUAUCUCACAACAUUCAGGAGAUUCUUGGAUUGCACGAGCAGUUUUUAAUCCAGCUUCAAAUGAUUUCACCCAUGUCAGAACCGCAUGUUGAACAGGCAGGCCUCUCUGGACUUACAUCCCGGGGGAUUUCCAAACGACUCGGGGCCCUUGACUUAGGCAGUUUGAGGGGGCUUCAACAGCGGUCACUGAGGACUCGAACGUUUAAAGCAUCUAUCAGUCAGCGCCUCAAGAUGCUCACCGCAGAGCCAAAAGAAGCACUUGAAGUUGCGCGGGGAAUUGAACACCUGUCGCAUUCGUUCUCUGCAUACGACCGAUUUUGCAGCAACUAUGAGCUCCUUACACAAGACGUUGCUCUUCUACGUCGGUCAAUUGCCAAUUGGACAGUAUAUGACCAGGGAAUCGAGGCGCUAUCCAAAUCGGUUGCGUCUACAGACCGACGGAGACAAGAGGAAAACAAAUCAAUGACCUUGAACGAUCUGUUAAUAAAAGUCUGUCGCCCAGGUACUCCGGUUGACGCAUCCACUGACAAAGCUACCCCCGUCAGUGAUUGUCCAUCUUCGCACGAUGGGAUUCGACAAAUUUUGGAGAGUAUGCGUACACUAGUUACGCGCAUCAAUUCAGCCACUGGAAACCCAAUCAACAAAGAUCGCAUUCACAAGACAAUUCUUCUCCAGCGCAGAGUGGAAAUCCCGCAAUUGGGCGCACUUGAAGGUAUAUACAAGGAUCUCGGCCCAAUGAUUCUCUGUGGUGUUCUUCAUGUCGCAUAUCAAACGCCUGAAACCACUGCCGGGGAUUUCAUGGUCUGCGUUCUUUUCAAUCAUUAUCUUCUUCUGGCCAAAGGAAUUGAUGAACUACAUAGACUGGAAGCAGUCGCCUGCAUUUCUUUAGAUCAUGUCAAGAUUGAUACACUCCAGAAUGGGCAAGGUCUGUGCUGCUAUGGAUGUCUUUUUUCAUGGAAACUUCAGUUUCAGGAAGAAGAAAACUACGAAUUUGUACUCAGCGCAUCGUCGGCCGUGGAAGAAAAGCAGUGGAACACAGAGCUUCUCAAAGCCUCCGCCGCAAUGGUCGAACUGGGCAAACAAGGGACGAGGGAACGAAGGAAAUAUUCAUUUUUGGCCCUCCAUUUAGCGCCUCUCAAUCGUGUACAGUACGCAGUGUCAUCUCUGGCUCGGAGAUCCUCCAUGGACUCCAUGUCAAUUUCACGCAGGUCCCACGUCCAACAUGUGGUCAUCAAGAAGACGCAUCGCCCGCGCAACGCCGAAGAGCCGGCCACACCGGUGGAAGGCGAGAUUGAACGAGCCAAGAUACCAGCUUCGCCUGGAGCAUUAGUUUUCACAGCUCGACGCAUUGAUCGUAUCCGUUUGGAGCGUCUGGUUGCAGACGUGUACACCAAAGACCUUCUUCCACUGCCCGGAAUGGUCCUUGGGAGAGGGGAUCUUUUCCGACGUGGUUCGAUCAUGAGACGACUGAGUCUUCAUACCGGAUUCACCAAACGGUCAAGCUCUGUCAGAACCUCGCGUUCAGGGCCAGCUCCUAGUGGGUUUGAAUCGAAUGAUGACGAGGAGGGCAAGGAUAUCGCAGGUAGCAGUGAAGUGUUUAAUGACAAGGACGUCGAGCUCCAGUCGCUCCAGAAACCCACAACACCGCGACGGUCGAGAACGCUCCGGUUCAGGGGAUCUCCAAAGAAGUCUCCCAAGUCCCCCAAGUCCCCGGUGACGAGUCCUUCACCUCGCAGCGAGAAACAAUGGAGCCAAGACGGAAGCUCCGAGGCCCCGUCAUCUCCCAAAAAAUGGUCGUCUCCUAUGAAUUUGUUCAGUAUCUUGGCGUCAAAGCAGUCGCGCAAGCCCCACUCUUAUGAGUGA